AUGACGGAGGCCUAUUUCUCUAGGCCGGGUAUCUUUGGGCUUGGAAAGAUGUUAAUGGCCGCCUCCGCGACUGAGCGUCGUGCCACUGUUGAUGCUGCCGCCCCCGGUAGUGGUGAUGCCACUGCUGCUGGUGGUGAGCUUGGCGGCCCUGACCAUGGUGGCGGUCAGGGUGCUCUCCAGGAUGCUCUCCAGGGUGCCACCGAGCAGGCAGUGGCUGAGCCACUACCAGGCGGCCCUACCGACCCGGCGCCGGCCUCGCCCGCCCCUUCCUCCCCCCAUACUCCCCCUCUUACUCCCCUCCCACCUUUGGCCCUCUCCCCUCUGGCUUCUCCUUGA